AUGCAUCAGUGCUCUGAGAAGAACUCAGAGAUGGGAAAGGUUGGACUUGAACAACUACGUCUGCAGCUUCAACACAUGCGAUCAUGCGAUGAAGGAAUACAAGUAAAAACCACUACCAACUCUUUGUUUCCCCUGAACAACUGUGAGUAUGAGGAUGAGAAGGGUAAAGUUAUGCAGAUACCCUCAACAAUAGGGCCCUUUAAGGAAUGGUCUCAGAAGAGGGAUCAUUGCGAUGCUGAUGUACACAUGCUGCAUCAGCUGGAAGAGCGUUUACGUCGUCAACAAGAGAGUGGAGUGAAAAGGCGUGGUGAGUUGGUAUAUGCAGUUGGGAAGGCCCAAAGUGAUGUAGAGCAGCUUCAGUACUAUAGCGAACAGUCCCAGUUGGACUUGUCAAAACUAUUACAAGAGUUACAGGAAUUACUGAUGGAUACAACAAACCUAGUGGAGUCUAUUGUGCACCGCCCAGAGGCAGUCAUUAAGGAAGUGUUUGCAGGAUAUCAUAAUACAGGCCAUAAUUUUGUAUAUACUCGUGAAAGGGAUGCUCGAAUCGUAUCACGAGUAAAUGAAAUGCAAGGGACACUAGACUUUAUACAACGUAAACUUCAGCAAAUAUGUACCCGACAGAUGCCCUCAUGUGAUUCUACUGCAUCAGAAGUACUAUGGGCUAAAAUGAGUUCAGAGCGGGAGCGCGCGGACGCGGAGCUUUUGAAGUUAAAAGAAAUAUUUCUCUCCUUUGUCCAGGAAACUUUAGAUAAAUUAGAGCAGUUACAAAGGGAACGAGUAGAAGCAGAAGAGCAGUGCACUCGUAUCCUAAGUUAG